UUACAUAAUAUUUUGAUAAAGGAAUUCUUUCCAAUUUGACAACAGCAAAAAUACGGCAAGAUUUAAUUAAAAUUGUUUUCAUUCCAUUAAUAUCCUAGUUAGUAUCCAAACAUAUCUAAAUGAAAUGGAAUAUGAAACUUUAUUGGAUAAAACAUCAGUGAUUCUAUAUUCAAACCCCAAAUUACAGUAUCAGAUUGUAUACAGAGACGUGUAGUAGUUGAUUUAAUUAAAACCCGAGGAAUACCACAACAGGGCUGAGUUCAUGGGACGUUUUUAGGUUUUCCUCCGCCAAUACCUAUUGUGGCAUGGCGGCCAAUCAGAGCGUGACGGGCGACCAUUUAUUCACGUUUGCCAAAUCCUACGCUUCAUUCCAUGGUUACAUAAGUAUAUGUGUUUGUGUAUUUGGAAUUAUCACUAACAUUUUCAAUAUUAUUGUACUGACUAGACGGCACAUGAGUACACCUGUAAAUAUUAUUCUCUCGUGGCUUGCCGUUUCGGAUAUUAUCACCAUGAUGUCAUAUGUACCCUUCUCCAUGCAUUUCUAUUGUAUGUACCCGGAUGUGAACAAAACACCUGAUAAAAAUAGUAAAUCUUGGAUGACUUACAUGACCUUUCAUAUCAACUUAGCCGCUACCACACAUACAGUAUCCAUAUGGCUCUGUGUAUUACUAGCGAUUGUCCGCUUUAUCCACAUUCGCUCACCUACAAAAGCAUUUGCAACGAGGCGUCGCCGCAUGACGCAAUCAAAAGUCCUAAUUUUACUCAUCUACGUCUGGUCAGCAAUUAGUCUCAUUCCAAAUUAUAUGAGCAAUGAACUACAAGAAAACUUAAAUCCAGAAUCCAACGAGACAACGUAUGUGUUACGAGAUUUGAGACUUGGAAAAAAUGACACUGAUGCUCUUGUUCUUGUAAAUGUUUGGAUGUAUGCCGUUACAGCAAAGUUAGUGCCAUGUUUACUUAUGUCUAUUUUUGGAUCAUUAUUGAUAUACAAUAUUCAUGUUAAAAUACGACAUCGAAGAAAAGUACUUAAAAUUUCCGGUGCAAAUAGUAUGAGACUGACUGAGCAUUCAAGAACGACAAAAAUGUUAGUGUCUGUGAUUCUAUUGUUUUUAAUAACUGAGCUGCCACAGGGAGUUCUUAUUGUAUGUAGUGCGACCGUCAAAGAUUUUUUUGAUACCGUUUAUUUACCGUUGGGUGAUGUCAUGGACAUUGUGGCUUUAAUAAAUAAUGCCGUCAAUUUUAUAUUGUACUGUACUAUGAGUACAAAAUUCCGUGAAACAUUUGUACAUUUGUUUUGUACGUGUCAUUUUCCACAUUCAAAUGAAAGUAUUGGAUAUACUUUAACUGAUCGCUUAGCCAAACUCGAUUCACAUAGCAAUAACAAUGAACACCAAAACCAUAUUAAUCACGUUGUUUGAAAAUCAACAGAUCAAAAUACCCAAGAGAAUCAAUGCCAUUAGCAUUCAUAAUUGAAUUUAACCAAUCGGAACUGUUCUUAACGCAGUGUGAUUACCCAAAGGGAGAGUCGUUAAAUGUCACUCGCCAAUCAGCAUUGCUCUAACAAAACACUUGGGAUAAACGCGAAAACAGUUAAUCAAUUAAUCAGCAUUAGAAUACGCUUGACAUUGAACUGGUUAUUUGAUAUAUAGAAGUAUGUUACGGAAACCAGGUGGUUUGAGUGCCUACUGAAGAAUAAUGCCAAUAAGUUUUGUAGUAUUUGGUCAAGGAGGCCUUAAAUGUCCAGUUACUGUCUCAGCUUUUCUUUUCCAAAACAUUUGUUAUUUGUAUAUUGUAUUUGUUUAAUGUUGAAUAAUUUACGUAGAUUUUUAAAAAGAAAAGUUAUUAAAUACAUUUUGAAUCCCACUGAA